UCUAGAAGCGGCGGUGGCAGCGACGAGAGCGGAAGAAGGAAAGAAAAAGAGGCGGAGGGAGGGAAGAGGAGGAGAGAAGUCUGAGCCGGAGAUGUUCUUCUUCUUCAUCGGCGGAGUGCAGCCGCAGGUCCGUCAGGUGCUCAAGGGCGCAGCUACCCGCUGCGUCCGCUGCGGCUCCGACGCUGCCCUUGUCGAGUACGAAAACGUGCUGAAGCUCUUCUUCGUCCCCGUCUGGCGAUGGCCCGGUAAGUCCCCUGCCCUGUACUGCGACAACUGCUCCCUGCUGAUCCCUUACCGCUAUUCCUCCUUUCCGCCGCCAUCCGACGGCAGUGGAAGCGAUUCGCCCACGCUCCCUGACGUCCUCCGCUGCCACUCCUGCGCCCGCGUCGUCGAUCCCGAGUUUCGCUUCUGCCCCUUCUGCGGAUCUUGUCUCUGAACAUGUAGAGUGAGAGACCGGCCCCCCUUUCUGUACAAAUUAAUCCCAAAAAUCACCUUCGUCUUCUUCGUGUGUGUGUGUGUGUGUGUUUUUCCAGCCUUGUUUGGGGUCUUAAGUGAUGAAUUGGAAAAGAAAUGUUCUGCUUUGCUAGUGUGGAAUAAAUCAUAUAUGUCCAUGGCCGUCAAGCUCA